AUGUCUGGCAAAAAAAAUCCAUCCAAGAAGAAUUCUCAGCAGUUAAUAAGAAAUAAAAAAAGAAAAAUUGGUGAUGAGGAAAUCGAGUCAGAGAAAGAGGUUGGAAACACAGUGAAUAGAAGAAAACAUAAAAAGCGUUUAUCUUCUCAAGGAAGAACAAAGCAUACUAACUUUACUGCCAGGAAGAAAAAAUCCUGGCAGCCUCUUUCAAAGACAAGCAGAGAAUAUUUGCAAGCCAUGAUAGAUAAAACAAUAAUGACGAUUUUGAGUAAAACUCUUAGAGAAAAUGAACAUGUUCACUACCAUCUUAACUCCCUGAAGAAAAGAUUGGUGCAGCUGUGUGAAACGCUAGAAGUCCCUCCCACAAAACUGAAAGAUCUAACUGAUGUACCUAGACUACUGAAAAUGGAAAUGGCACAACAUAGGGCAAACAAAGAAAGCCUGACAUUAUUGCAAGAAGACGUAGAUAAACUAGAAGAGACCACAGAGUCAAUGACUGAGAAUAUUGAGAGCCUGAAGAACAAAAUUCAAGUUCUGACAGCUGAGGUGGAAAAAAAAGAGAAGAAGUUAAAACAGAGGUUUCUCAUGGAUCAUAGUGAGGUACUCAAUCUUCCAGAACUUUCUCAGGACAGUCUCAAAGCACCUAUUCUUCAGGACGAAACUUUGAUGCUGAUUCCAAACCAGAAUGAUCUUUUAGAGGAUUUGCAGACUCUUCAUAAUUCCUCCGAGAUGAAGAAAAUGUUGACUUUCAUUGAAGAAGCCUAUAACAAACUAGAUAUUUCUUAA